AUGUCGCUCAACGGAUUGGAUACGCCUGAAUUGACAGAGGCAUUUGCAAAAGCAUGCGCAGAGCCUGGAAGCUGGUUUUGGAUUAAAUACACCUCCCGAGACGAUGUUGAGCUUCUGUGUCAGGGAAUCAAUGGAGCGGAGGAGAUGCGAGAAGCAGCAGAGAAGGAGCCAGAUGAUUCGCCGCUGUAUGGAUUUAUUCGAUUCAGGCGACGAAAUAUCUUGAUCAAGUAUAUCCCGGAGGGAACUUCGCGGGUUUUGAAAGCUCGAUCACAGGUACAUUUUCAAUCCGUUGCUGAAAGGUUCAUUCCAAACGACACUACAUUCUCAAUAUCGACUCCUAAAGAGCUACGCGACAAUGCAUUGACGUCAGCAUGCUCGACGCAUACUGCAACUGCUUCGAUAUCUUCUUCGAAUAGUUCUCUUCGAGCGCGUCGUUUAACGGAUAUUGCCGAAUCUGCAGAUGAGGAGGAGCCGCCUACAGCUGUAAUGAGCGCUGGUUCGCCGGUGACAUUCGGUGAGAUCGAUGGAAAAGGGAAGACUAGUCAAGGCUUGGCGGUGGUGAUUACCGCACAUGAUUCGUCAAUAACAGAUGGCGGACCUGGCUCACCCGUCUUUCUCGAUGGGGACAGGGACCUCUUGGGGUCCCCCCUAGGCGCCUCCUUUUCGAGAGACUCACUUGAACCCAGAAGAAAGUCAACAGGUACCUCACCCAGACCUUCUUCAACCGAUUUAUACGGACCGUACAUAUACACCCCUAGAGAAAAGGUUCGACUUGGACCUCGUCCCCACGUCGAGCCCGUAAAACGGCCUCAUACCUCUGGUGAGCGUCCGAAAGCCUUCCCUAGCCCCGACCAGGAAAUUCGACCCGUGGUCUCGGUUCCUAAAUCUGUUCAAAUUCCUCCAAGAAAAUCCAAAGAAUCAAGGAAUAGGUCCUUGUCCAACGAAUCUCUACGAUCAGAGCAAGAUACAAUCUCAUUUCUCUCAAUUGAGAUUGAGGACUCACCACCUCCUUCACCAAAAUCACUCUCGCCGGUUCCCUCACAAGAGCCUGCCCUUACUCCUGAAAAGCAGAGGUUGAUGAGAGCUUUGCAGCUGAGGAGAAAAACAAUGCAACCUGAACUGAAAGAGCAAUCGAGACGGGAUGAGGAAGCCGCCCUAGAGAUCCAAGGUAUGAAGGAGUCAGACGAAAUUAGCACCAUUGCAGAAACUGACGAGGAUGAAGACCGAGAGGAAGGGGAAAGUGGGAUUGUAUCCCAGAAGAUAGUCGAGCCAGAUUCAAACGAAGCUAUCGGAGGACAAGAGGGGGUAGAUGUGCUCGAGGAAAGUUCCCGUGGAGACGCGGUGAAUGAAGGGGUAACACUGGAUAGGGUAAACGAGCAGACAGAAACGGGAGAUGCAACAGAGGACUUGAGGGAGCAGGAUGAUAAACUACCGGAAUCACCAGUAGAACUACAAUCACCCGAAAGUACAAAGGUUCGAGGCGAGCCCGAUUCCGAUGUUGACACUGAAUCCGAUCACACCGAAAUUUCCAUCAUGACGGAUUCUAGACCCGUAACUAUGACAGCUAUUCAGCAACCUAUCCCUAGCAUGAUUAAAAGCAGUUCUCGCUCACACCCGACCAAACCCCCGUCACCAGAUCCUUUGGCACCAAAGGUGCUCAAGAGAACUGAUCGUCCAAUUGAAAGCGAGCCCAUAAACGAGCCCCCUGUUCCUGAGGCAGCCCGUUCUGUUUCUGCACCUUUCUUGAAACCGACAGCUCCCGCAGCUGGACCAAGAAAAGCUGUAGGCGGUGGGGGUGGGGGUGUGGCACAGCGGAUUCGACAGCUCGAGAUGUUGUCAGUUCAGAAAGCUGCCGCAGCAGCAGGGAAAUCACCCCCUGUGAGCCGAGGCAGCUCCCCGACACCGCCGAUUCCACAGUAUCACCCGAACCGUCCGUCUAGUGUACAUGUCCCAGUCGCGUUGCGUAGGAUGUCUAAUCCCCCUGCUCCUCUGCGGCCAACAUCAUCGGUAUCGCGUCCAUCCACUCCCAACACUUCUGUCUCAACUCUUGGGAACUCCUCUGGGAGUUUCACGUCCUCGUUACGAUCAGUUAUAUCAACGCCUUCACUUCCGAAAUCAAGCCCGCCAAAAUCAAGUCCUGCUCCCAGGAUGGAAAUAAUUGAACGCAAUAACAGGCCCGAAUUGCAAGUCACAACUCAAAUCACCAGAGACGAGCAAGGAACUCCUCAUCCAUCAUUCCAAUCACCUCCAGCUCCAAUUCCGGCUCCCGAGUCAGCUAAAAGCUUAAAAAGCCCCAAUAGCUUCAGCCGGAGAUCCAGCGUGGAUAUAACACCACAAGAUCCAGUUCUGCGUAGCAGGAGUGUGGAUGUAGCGCCCCCUCCAACAACAUCUUCCAGAGGCCAAAGCAUCGAGAGGGGUCGGGGUAUUUUAUCUAGAUCAUCAAGUUCAAGAGACUUAGAAAAUCUCCCCGAGAAGAUUCCCACACCCAGCUCCAGCCCUAAACCCACACCUACCUCCCCAAGACCGCCAUCAACAUACACGAACAGCUCGAAGAAGAGUAAGAAAGAAAAGGAAAGGCGUGGAUCUUCUUCCAGCUCUGGGGGAUCAGGGCCGUCUAAGGAAAAAUCUAGAUCCAAGUCGAAAUCUCCGACAACCCCCAAGUCACCAAAGAGUCCUGGAUUUUUGCAGAAAAUGAGUGCGGCUUUAACAGGCAAGAAAUCUAAGGAAGAUGUGCAAGCCCCCGCUCCUGUAGCCCCCGCCGAGCCUGCGAAAAAAUCAUACCUCUUGGCUGGUUGGAUAAAUGCUCAACUUCCGGAUACCAUGUUAUGGAGGCGGCGGUGUUUGAAGAUAGAUUCAAGUGGUUGGCUGUUCUUGUCUUUAUCAGAAGAUGAGGUAUAA